AUGGGUCCUUUUCCUUCAUCAUUUAGCAAUCUAUACAUUUUACUGGCUGUGGAUUACAUAUCAAAAUGGGUAGAAGCUGCAGCAACACCAGCUAAUGAUGGAAAAACAGUUCUUCGAUUCCUUCAGAAAAAUAUAUUCACGCGGUUUGGUACUCCCCGAGCAAUCAUAAGCGAUGAAGGGAGUCACUUCUGCAACAAACAGUUCGAAGCUCUUCUUUCAAAAUAUGGUGUUCGUCAUAGAACUGCCCUCCCCUAUCAUCCGCAAACUGCUGGGCAGAAAAGACUAUUACAGCUGGAUGAGUUGGAGGAAUUUCGAAACGAAGCUUAUGAGAACGCUAAGAUUUACAAGGAAAGAACUAAGAGGUGGCAUGACCGAAAUUUAUUUGUCCAGCUUUGUUAA